GACGCACUGUUGUUGGACUACAAGAGACAUUUGCAAGUUUUCCAUUUGUUUCCUCACUUUUACUUUUUGUAACAUCGGAUGGGACAUGGCGAGAGUUUUUCUGGCAGGAAACCUGAGGAGGUGCAUCGUCUCUCAGAUCAGGAUGUCAUCUGAUCAGCUUGGCGAAUUGGGAAAGGGGGCAGGAAAAGGUGGCGGUGGAGGAGGCUACAUCAGGUCAGCGGGAGGUGCGUUCGGAAAGCGAGAAGCGGCGGAAGAGGAGCGGUACUUCAGGCAAAAGGAGAGGGAACAGCUGGAGGCGCUGAGGAAGCACCACACAGAAGAGAUUGAUCACCACAAAAAGGAGAUCGAGCGCCUACAGAAGGAGAUCGACCGCCACAAGGGCAAAAUCAGAAAGCUCUCGCACGAUGACUGAGGCAGCCUCGUGUCAUUUAUUGCCUGAGUGGAACCACUUGUAAACAAGGCCUUAUCUUUUUUCUUUUUUUUUUUUUUUUGCUUGACCAGGUCUUAAAAGUCAAGAUAUAUAUCUCUUUAUGGUGUUGAAACAAUAAAGUGAUACCUCUUCCAGCAUUGUGAAA